GGUAUCCAUUAAGUGUGGCGGCGAUAGAUAUUUAACUAACCCCUCGACUGUGGAAAAAAACCACCCAAAUUAAAUUAACUUCCGAGCUGAGGCCUGAGGUGUCAUAUGAUGCAGAAAAAUGGCUGCAGUGCAGUGGCGUUCGCAUGGCCGCAACUAUGACACAGAGCUGCAGAGGUGUCGUCUUGAGGCCGCUCUUGUCGAUUUUGGAGACUACCACCCACUCAAACCCAUCAUGGUGACCGAUACAAAGACCCGCCGUGGGACCCGCAAAGGCAGCACCUCUUCCUCUUCAUCCUCCUCUUCCUCAGCACCGCCAGACCCUCUGAGCUCCAUGCUGGACGGGACCGACCCCCUGUCCAUGUUUGCCGCGGCCUCGGCCAGCGAGACGCCACCCAUGUCCCACAGCAGCUCCACAGGAGACCUGGGGAGGAGGAAGAGAGAGAAGGAAGAAGAGGCAGUGGGACCAGAUUUUGAACCUUGGUCACUGAAGCGAGGGGAAAUCCUGGCCAGGUUCACCACCACCGAAAAACUCUCCAUAAAUCUGUUCAUAGGCUCUGACAGAGGAAAAGCCACCAGUCAAGGAUCGGCUGUUUCAGAGAAGGUUCGCACUCGUCUGGAGGAGCUGGAUGAUCUAGAGGAGGGCUCCCAGAGAGAGCUGCUGAACCUCUCGCAACAGGAUUACGCCAACCGCAUCGAGGAGCUGAACCAGUCCCUAAAGGAGGCCUGGUCCUCUGACCAGAAGGUCAAAGCCCUGAAGAUUGUCAUCCAGUGCUCCAAGCUUCUGUCCGACAAUUCGGUGAUCCAGUUCUACCCCAGCAAAUUUGUUCUCAUCACUGAUAUCCUUGACACAUUUGGCCGGCUGGUGUACGACAGGAUCUGGACCAUGUGUUCAGACCCACGACCUUUACCAGAUAAUUUCACAGUUGAAGAUGUGAAUGACACCGCAAAGGAGACGUGCCUCAACUGGUUCUACAAGAUCGCCUCCAUCAGAGAGCUCCUUCCCAGACUCUAUGUUGAAGCUGCCAUUCUCAAGUGCAACCGGUUCCUCAACAAAUCCGGCAUUCAGGAGACCCUUCCUCGGUUGACUGCCAUGGUCAGAGGGAUUGGAGACCCUCUGGUGGCUGCAUAUGCCAGAGCUUACCUCUGCAGGGUGGGCAUGGAGGUGGCCCCCCACCUGAAAGACAGCCUGAACCGCAACUUCUUCGACCUGCUCGGCACUUUUCGGCAGAUCAGCAGCGAGAACGUCCGGGCCCAGCUGGUGCUGCAGAGGGUGGAGAUGCCCGAGUACCUGACACUCUACUCACCUGCCAUCAGCUGGAUCCUGCAGUGUAUCGCGUACAGAGCUCCAGAGUCUCUGCUAACAGAGAUGAUGGAGAGAUGCAAAAAACUGGGAAACAAUGCUUUGCUUUUGAAUUCAGUAAUGAGGGCAUUCAGGCCAGAGUUUGUUGCAGCCAGAGCCACAGACUUCAUCGGUAUGAUCAAAGACUGCGACGAGGCCGGCUUCCCAAAGCAUCUGUUGUUUGGCUCUCUGGGUCGCAGCCUGGCGUCUGCCGAUCCUCCAGAAUCCGAGAGGCUGACGAUCCUGAAUGAAGCCUGGAAAGUCAUCACCAAAGUCCGCAGUCCACAGGACUACAUCAACUGUGCUGAAAUCUGGGUGGAGUUUACCUGCAGACACUUUACAAAACGGGAGGUCAACACGAUUUUGGCUGACAUCAUCAAACACAUGACCCCUGACCGAGCAUUCGAGGACGCCUACCCUCAGCUGCAGUCGGUGAUCAGGAAGAUCCUCACCUACUUCCACGACUUCUCUGUCCUCUUCUCCAUGGAGCGAUUCCUGCCGUUCCUGGACAUGUUCCAGAAGGACAGCGUGAGGGUGGAGGUCUGCAAAUCCAUCAUGGAGGUCUUCAUCAAACACCAGGUGGAGCUCACCAGAGACCCGGUGAUCCUCAACGCCAUGCUGCACAUCUGCAAGACCAUGCACGACUCUGUCAAUGCUCUUACUCUCGAAGACGAGAAAAGAUCUUUGGCUCUGCUGAUCAUCGGCUUCAUCCGCAUGGUUUCCUUUGGUCGUGACUUUGAGCAGCAGUUGAGUUUCUGUGUGGAGGCUAGAGCCACCUUCUGUAACCUGGAGCCUGUCCUGGUGCAACUCAUUCAUACGGUGAACCAGCUGGCCAUGGAGACCAGGAGGGUGAUGAGAGGGAAUCACUCCCGCAAGACUGCUGCUUUCGUCAGAGCAUGUGCCGCCUACAGUUUCAUCACCAUCCCGUCUCUCAGCAGCAUCUUCAGUCGACUCAGCCUCUACCUGUUGUCCGGUCAGGUUGCUUUGGCCAAUCAGUGUCUGUCCCAGGCCGAUGCUUUCCUAAAGGCAGCCGUAAGCAUUCUUCCGGAGGUUCCUCGCUCCAUCAGCGUGGAGGGAAAACUUCGCUCUUCUGAAAGCUUCCUCGUGGACUUUAUCAACAGCUUCUUGGCAACGCUGCUGGUUAUCCCGGACCAUCCAGAGCAUGGGGUGCUCUACUUAGUCCGGGGUCUGCUCAACAUGGUCCAGGAUUAUACCUGGGAAGACAACAGCGAUGCAAAGGUGCGGGUUUACAUCAGUGCUCUGCCCCUGCUGGCAGCCAUGAGCCAGGAAACCUAUCUGUACUCUAUCCCCAAAGUGGAUUCUAAUGACACGCUCUAUGGCGGAGAUCCCAAAUUCCUAUCAGAGAUCAACAAGCUGUGUGAGACUCUGAUUGGACAGAUCCUCGACCACCUGAAGACACUCGGUCGUGAUGAGCAGAGCACACGCCGCCAGGGCGCUCUGGCCUUCUCCCUGUUUGGUGUCCUGCUGGCUCACGGUGAUCUGAGGAACAACAAGCUGAGCCAGCUGGCAGUCAACCUUUGGAACCUCAGCCACAAACAUGGAUGCUGCGAGACCCGCACCUCCGUUCGGACUCUGGAGUUCAUCAAACAUCAGACUCAGCAGCCGGACAUGACUCAUCUGUCAGAUAUGGUCCAGAGGCUCACGCUGCAGUCUCGCACCUGAGCUCCACACUCAAUGACGUGUUACACUGCUCAAUUUAAAUUUGUGUAAAUAAAACCUAACAAAGGAAUUUUAUAUGCCUGUUUUCUGUGUCUUGUGUAGACUUUUAUAUAGUCUGAGUACUUGAAUCAGAUCACCUUGACACCUUUAGUGUUUUGACUGUCCAAGACUGCAAGACGGUGGCCUCCAGCUGAGUGAUUUAUUCUGCAAAUGACACAAACAGCCUCCCACCAAACUAAAAUAAGCCUUGCUAGGGGAGAAAGGACCCCAGAUACUUUUAUCAGGAGCUGAACCACCACCUUUAAACCUCUGAUAAGCUGCAGCCUCACAGCCCAAGUUAAUGACACAAGUUUAAAUGGUUUUACAGAGAAACUCCCCUCUGUCUCGCUGGUGCUAGCUGUUGUUAGCAGCUUAUAAUUUUUGUAGUUCCCAGUGCUUGCAAAUAAAUAACAACAAGGAAGCCGUUUCACAUUCUCACACUCUUCUCAGUUGUAGUUUAUUUUCUUAUUUAGUGACAGCUGAAAAGUCAAACACUUCGCUUUAGCUCUCAAAGGACAAAAUGAUCAGAAACAGCAGCAAACAGUCGUGAUGACGCUCACCGACACACACUGCAGGCCUUUGGUCACACACUUCUUCCUGGUAACAACAGGACACAUCUGACUAAACUGACUUUCAGGUUAAGAAAACAAAAUUAUUUUUUUUCCCUUUGCUUACAAAACUCAAAAGGAUGCUGUGAAAAAUUAACACUGAAUAAAAAUGUAACUGACAACACGGUAACACGUGCUUGGAUGUACUCGCCUGAAAGUCAUUUUGGCCUGAAUUUCCCUUUUGGAAGGUGGACCCGGAUCUGUGGGGUAACAGAAGCCAGCAGGAUGAACCUAGUUCUGAAUGUUUCAUGACUAACAACAGCCGUUUAAAUAGGAGGAUUUCUGACGACAACUGCAGAAAGAAAUGGUCUCUCUCCAACACGAGAUAAACACUGACGACACGGAGCGUCUACACUAUUCAGUCUGUCCCUCUGCAGCUGCCAGAUUCUGUGGGGAAUGUCAGUAAUGAUGUGUUUCAAUAAAUUAUUCUGACUGCUAUUUAUUAGCAUACCUACUGUCUUCAUUUUAUUUAAUAUACUUAAAUGCAAAAAACACAAAAACUGAAGUUCCCCAGAAAUUAAUGUAUUGAAUUAUCAGACCAUUUAAUGUUUGUUUUUUUAAUGUAUUUCAUUGGUUAUUUGCUGUUCUUUUUAUUUUAUUAUUAAUAUUGGCCUUUUAGGACUUCCACAGCCCAACACGCAACUACAUAAAAGUAAACUAGAACAGCCCUCAGAGAGCAGAGACGCUUUAUUUUUUUGCAGUUUUAAAAAAAGCGACGGAGAUGUGGAUUAAAAUCUGUUUCUUUGCUGAUGGGAAGAAAAAUGUUUAACCAAA